UCUGCUUCCGGAAGCUCAGCUCAAAAUGCUGAACUGCUUCUGGAAGUCGCUGGUGCAGUGGUAGUUGGAGUCUGUUCUCGGGCUUGAGCCUCGAGGCCAGGCUCCUGGGUGUCGUUAAUGUUCGGGGCCGCCGGGCGCCAACCGAUCGGAGCUCCAGCCGCCGGGAACAGCUGGCAUUUCAGUCGAACCAUGGAAGAACUGGUUCAUGAUCUUGUCUCUGCAUUGGAGGAGAGCUCAGAGCAAGCUCGAGGUGGAUUUGCUGAAAUGGGCGAUCAUUCUCGAAGUAUGUCUUGUCCUCUGAAGCGCCAGGCCAGGAAAAGGAGAGGGAGAAAACGAAGGUCAUAUAAUGUUCAUCACCCAUGGGAGCCUGGCCACUGCUUAAGUGAAGGCACUGAUUCUAGUUUAGAAGAACCAAGCAAAGACUACAGAGAGAAUCACAAUAAUAAUAAAAAAGACCAUAGUGACUCUGAUGACCAAAUGUUAGUGGCUAAGCGCAGGCCAUCAUCAAACUUAAACAAUAAUGUACGAGGAAAAAGACCUCUAUGGCACGAAUCGGAUUUUGCCAUGGACAACCUUGGGAACAGAACUCUGCGCAGAAGGAGAAAGGUAAAACGCAUGGCAGUGGACCUCCCACAGGACAUCUCUAACAAACGGACAAUGACCCAGCCCCUUGAAGGCUGUAGAGAUCAGGACAUGGACAAUGAUAGAGCUUAUCAAUAUCAAGAGUUUACCAAGAACAAAGUCAAAAAAAGGAAAUUGAAAAUAAUUAGACAAGGGCCAAAAAUCCAAGAUGAAGGAGUAGUUUUAGAAAGUGAGGAAAUAAGCCAGACCAGUAAGGACAAAAUGGACUAUGAAGAGCAAAAAGUCUCAGAUGAACUCAUGAGUGAAAGUGAUUCCAGCAGUCUCAGCAGCACUGAUGCUGGUUUAUUUACCAAUGAUGAGGGAAGACAAGGUGAUGAUGAGCAGAGUGACUGGUUUUAUGAGAAGGAAUCAGGUGGAGCCUGUGGCAUCACUGGAGUUGUGCCCUGGUGGGAAAAGGAAGAUCCUACCGAGCUAGACAAAAAUUUGCCAGAUCCUGUCUUUGAAAGUAUCUUAACUGGUUCUUUCCCUCUUAUGUCGCAUCCGGGAAGAAGAGGUUUCCAAGCUAGACUCAGUCGCCUUCAUGGAAUACCUUCCAAGAACAUUAAAAAAUCAGGAGGGACCACAACUUCAAUGGCUACAAACUGGACCAGUGAGAUUCCCCUAUAAACCAAAUCUUCUAAUGCUAAUAAAUUAGUUACGUUUUGAACAUCUGGGGAAUGACAUUCGAGGGAACCUGGCUCCUGUCCUCUUCCCCUGGAGAAAUAUCAUUGAAGUGAGAGCCUCUUUGAUGAAAAGAUGGGGCUGUUUUUACUGGAGGACUGGUAUUCUUCCUUUAGUCAGAAGUGAACCUGGUUGGGGAGGCUUUCUAGGGAUCUAGGUUGGCCCAGGGUGGGUAGAACUACUGUAAAUUUUAUAUAUUUUUCUCUUUUUAUGAUUUUUUUUUGCAUUGAAUCCAUUUGUGUAUUACUUGCUUUGCCAAAAUGCUAACAAAAGCUAGGAAAUGAAAAACUUCCAGAUCUCACAUAAGUAUUCCUUAAUGUUUAUAUUGUGACUGGUUAAGAACUAAUUUUUACAUAUCUGACUGUUGUAAAUAAACAUGAUGCAUUGACAUUUAUGGCUCGUUUUUAGAGAAGUCUUAUAUAACCAGCAUUAUUUAAAAUAUUUGCAUUUUACUCAGGGUAUUUUAACAAGGGCUAAGAUGAGUAGUAGGUAAGGUUGAUAAUCUUUACUAGAAUUUGUUUUGUUCACUUUGCUUUCUUGGAAAAUCUGCUCUGUAUUGCAAACCUAUUGUAUUUUAUAGUAUAGCGUUCAUUGUACUACAAAAAAUCAUCCUAGUUUUUUAAGCUAACUACAGUGAUAACUAGUCUGUGCUAGUAGAAUCAUUUACUAUUACUUUUUAAAUUAUCUGCUUUGUCUGAUACCUGAAACCACUCAAAAUUAUUUUGGCUUAGAGCUUAUGGAAAUCAUGUGAAAGCUGGUAUUUCAACUAAUACUGUAUGCCUCUGAAUCAUAUUGUCAUGUUUAAAAGUGAGAUCUGCUUGCACAUCCUUGGCAGACCAUAUGUGUCACCGUGAGUGUCAGAAAUACUUGCAUGAGCUCAUUUUCACAAGCAGAGGGGGAAAUGUAACAUUUCUAUUGAUGGUAUAAUUUAAACACUCUACAACGUUCAGGCCAUUUGAAUUCUUCAAAAUGGUAUAUUAAAAUGAUGAAUAUUUUUUAUUAACUUCCAAUAAUUGAUGAAAACUGUGAUUUAACACCUGUAUUUUUAUAUUGUUGUUUGGAUUAAUUGUUAAUUCAGCAUUUAAUGGCUAACUUAAAUAUGAUGAUUGGGAAAGAAACUUAAAGUUGACGUUUCUUUUACCUAAAGUAAAGGUAUUACAAUCUGAAAGAUUUCAGAAAAUGCAUUAAGCGGAAAGUGUGUGUGUGACAUCUUUUAGAUUGCUUGUCUAAACUGGAGAGAUUAAAUAUGAUAAAGUGCAACUUUGAGUAUCUUUACCUUUGCAUAUUUAAAGUGAUAUUUUAGAGGUACAAUAAUGUGGUGUUGGUCAUUGUAAGUAAGCUUUUUUGUGCUAUGUCAUUUGGAGUAAAAAUUUGUGAUUUUUUUUCUAAAUUACAUAAAUGCUUUUAUUUUAUUUUGUAUAAUGACUGUCUUUUAGAUCUGAAUAAGUCACUUUAAAACCUUGGCCUAUGAACUUUGCCUUACCAAUCAUGAAUCUAGAUGAAUGCUAUCUAGUUCUUGGUUCAGUUUUACCUAUUCUUAUUUUUGGUUCACUGCUUGCUUGAGCAUAGCUGGGAUUUGUAGCCCAUUUUCUAGGCUUAUUGCAAUCUCACUGUGGUAUUUUAUAGAAGCUAUUACAUCUGAUAGGCUAGCUUCAUGGUAUUGAUGAUACAUGGCUUAACCAUAGUAAAAGCUGCCUUCCCUCUCUAAAUUGUAAAAAGGUGAUUAAGUUUCACUUGAUGGAGAUAUACUAUAUAUGUGUGUUUAUUAUGGAACUAGUGCAUUAGGCCAUAAACUGUUUUCCUGGUCUACAUUUUUUUGUAUUCAAAUUUUACUGAAGACAGUGGGCUCCUUCAGGUUUUCUUUCUUUCAAUCCUGAAUUGUCCUUGUUUGGAUUUUUAAGUACUGUAAUUUUUUUUUUUCAAUAAAAUAUCUGACUUGGACAAGAAAGGUAAGAGUUCCAAUUUGUGCUGAUAUUUUUAAAUUCCUCUGCUAAGUUUUGUUGUUGUUGCUUGUUCAUCCAUACUGUAUGUAACAGUCUAGUCUUAAAAAUCAUAAUCUCACAAAACAGUCAUAUUUAAACAGUACCCAUGACAUCAAGGAAUAAGAAUGAAAUUUAAUUCCUUAGACUUUCACACCGGAAAGCCAGAUCUCUUUGAAGAGAGAUUAAUUUUCUGAGCAAAGUCAAACACAUGUAGCUACAACCCAUGAAACAGAAUGGCAACAAAAGUUUCCUUUCUCUUAUGCAGAUGAGUAAUGACUGCACAGAUAUAGUGAUGACCUUUGAAGAAAAUGACAGAAGAAUCUUUCACUGAAAUAUUAAUGGAUACAUUCUUGAGGGAAAAGUUUUCAAUUGAAUUUUUCAUUUUUCACCAUAGUUAUUUUCUCUAAAGUCGCCCUGAACACUAAUUGGCAAAUACUGAACAAUUGCUCCUAAGGGAAAUACCAGGUUCGGUUCCUGUGAGCCUCUGGUCACGACAUUUUUAUCAGUCAAUCAAUACAUAACUUUUUUUUGCAUAUCUUUGUGUCUAAAAACGCCAUACUUAAUAUAUAUUGUUGAUUCAUUAAUGUUGAACUCAUGAUCAUGACCAUGAACUCAUGACCCAUGCCUGAACAAACCUGAUCUAACACAUACAUUUCUCCUCAAGGCACAUCAUGGCCUUUUUAUACUUAGGAACCCGUGUCAGCACUUCAGCACUGUGCUUGGGGUUCAUUUAAAACAAUGAAUUGCCAGCCAAAAACACAAAACUGUGAAAAAUGUGGUACCGAAUAAACCCCAAAAAGGACACUUGUGUACAGUAUUAGAGCUGAAACAGGAAUGCGUACUGUUGUCUUUGACCUUAGUGGGGAAUGCACACAUGCACCAGGGGACAAAUUUUUCACUGCUCCUGAAUGACCCUAGAAGUGCUACAAGAACUGACUGGAGAGCGGGGCAUCCGGCUGGCUCAGUCAGUGGAGCAUGCGACUCUUAAUCUCGGGGGUAUAAGUUCGAGCCCCACAUUGGGUAGAGAGAUGACUUAAAAUUGUUUUAAAAAAGAAUGAUUUGGGGGUUACAAAUAAAUGUUAGUGAGUAGGCAAAUUUGCACAUGUGGAACGCUCAAAUAGUAAUGAGGAUCGACUCUUGUUUAGUUUUGUCAAGGGCAAAGUGGUAUUAUAGAAAAGAUAGAAGCUUUGAACUCUGAACUUGGUGAAUCCCCACUCUGGUCCUUUUUACUUUUAAUUACAAAUUGAGCUUCAUCUUCUGUUUCUGUAAAUAGAGACAAUAUUUAAUUUGCAAAAGUAUUAUCAGGAUUAAAUGAGAUUAUUUGUACAUCAUAGGUCCAGAAACAUUUUGUCACAUAGUAUAUAUUAAAUAAAUGAUACUUACUGCUAUUAUUAGAUAUACUAAAUACAGAAUCUCAUGAUUUAGAGAACAUUUGUAUUCUGGGCAAAAUGCAGAAUCUUUCAACCUUUUCAUAUAUGAUAUGCCUUUAUAUUUAAUAUUUAAAAUACUUUAUGUUGCAACCUUUUUUUUUUUUUUUAAAGAUUUUAUUUAUUUAUUCGACAGAGACAGGGACAGCC